AUGAAUUUUAUGAAGAAUCGUAUCCGUAGAAAAACGGACAUAUUCCGUAAACCACAGAUUUUCCGUCACAUUGAUCUUGACCGCCCAGGUUCCAGUCGUGGGAACACGAGAAGCAUUCAUAGCUCUAUGAACAAAACAUUGGCGGCCAAUGAACCGUACGUGGUGUGUGCCAUCGCUGAGGGUCGUGGCCAUGCCACGCUUGAGAUCGGCAUAAGCGCAGUAGACAUAUCGGCCCCGGUACUGCAAAUGACCCAGUUUAGCGACAAUUUCUGGUAUUCCAAUGCUUUAACCUUGCUUCAAGCUUUUGAUCCUGUCGUGAUCUUUUUCAGUGAUCAUUCGUUGGAUUGUCAGGCAUCAACAUUGUCGAGCGUGAUUCAGCAAAUUCUCCCGGACGUUCGAACUGUUGGUCUACCAAGAAAUUUUUUCAACGAUUUCAAUGCUCAAAAGUAUAUGGAUAAAUUGUGUAGUUUAAGCUAUCAAACGGUAAAACAUUGUAUAGUAUCCAAGUACUAUGGAUUGGCUGCUGUUGGGGCAAUUUUGCGAUAUUGUUUCGAAAGUGAUUUGCUAAGAAUCGCUCCUAGAUCACUUCAGUUUCGAUAUUUGGAUAAGAGAUGCACUCUGGCGAUAGACGUGGAGUGCGUUCGUCAUCUGGAGCUGAUUUGUUCUCUCAAGGAUACUACUGAUGAAUGUUCAUUGUAUAAGCUUGUGAAUCACUGCAUUACGGGAAUCGGGAAGCGGCAUCUACGGGCGAGCUUGUUGGAGCCUAGUAGCAAUCGGGACACUUUGGAGGCUAGACUCAACAGUGUUGAAGAAUUACUUGCAAAGAGGGAUAUAUUAUGUGGAAUUCAGGGUAUUUUACGGAACUUGGUGGACAUUGGUGGCCUGAUGAAACUGUGCGUGGAUGUAGACAAUUUGAAAACUACCAAACAAAAAACAAUUCAUGUAUUGAACCAAGUCUGCAUUCUUCGGAAUGUAUUGCUUUGUGUUCCGGACAUUGCAGUCCUGCUGCAACAGGCCGCAUCCUCUACAUUCACCGACAUUAGGCAAUCAUUGAAAAAUCAAACUUAUAAAAUAUUACUCGACAAGAUUUGCAUCGUUCUGUAUUCGGGUUACGAUGGUUUUCAAAUGACCGACUAUCACAGGGUCUUUCUGGUUAAACCGGGUGUCUCUUCCUCUCUGGACCUAGUUCGUGGAAUGUAUUCCAAAGUAAUUGAUGAUAUAAGAGAACACGUAGCCGAACUAGCACAGGAGCAUCGCAUAUUGUUAAAAAUGUGUUUCACGAAGGCGCUUGGGUUUCACAUGCAGUUGAAUAUGAAAGAUCUCGGAUCUAGUAUACCUCACAAUUUCAAGAUAGUGAACCGAUCGGGACAGAGGCUCAGUUUGACCACAGGUCAACUUCAUGCUUUGAACGAAAGAAUAUACGCAAUUGUUCACGAAAUUGAGAAAGUCAACUAUGCCACGAUUGAAAAAUUGAUCGAUGAUAUUCGGGCAGAUGUGGACUCUGUCUACAUAUUGGUAGCGCACAUCACCAACCUAGACAUACUGCAAUCUUUAACCAUGGUCAGUCAGGACAAGGAUUAUUGUCGGCCGAGUUUUGGAAGAUCUACCAAAGUUGUUGCAGCACGUCAUCCGUUGCUAGAGUCGUACGGGAAAAGCGAGAAAAUGGUUGAAAACAAUAUCAUUGCAACCCCCGAAUACAACGUAUUUAUAGUUACCGGUCCAAAUAUGAGUGGAAAGACUGUCUAUUUGAAAACAAUCUGCCUUCUGCAGAUCAUGGCUCAACUUGGUUGCUUUGUUCCGGCAAGCAAAGCCGAGUUUCGGAUAGCAGAUAGCUUAAUGGCAAUAUUCGGGUCGGCAGAAAAUGUUGAACAGGAGUUGUCAAAUUCAUCCCGUAUGUUGCGAAAAUUUAAAAUCAUAACCCACAGUUUGACUGUGAAUAGUCUUGUCAUAGUUGAUGAACUUUUUGGAGAUACUCAGUGUCCUGAUGUUGGAAGUUCCCGUUGGAAACUUCUGGAACGCAUUGUCAAAUUUAUCAAUUUUCAGGAUGGUGCAGCGUGUGAAAGUCUUGCUGCCAUUGGACGACCGUUUGUUUAUCUCACCACACAUUGUCAUGCCAUGCUGCGUCCAUUGGAGCAGUUCAAUAACGUUUCGCGGCUUUGUCUGCAAACGGAAACCCUCAACGUAGGCGGUAUUGAUCGACUUCGCUACAAAUACACCGUUGCUGAGGGUAAAACCAAAACGAAGAAUUACGGUAUUUCGCUGGCCAGAGGUGUAGGCAUGCCGGAAAGUGUGAUCAAGCGUGCUGCAGAAAUCAAUGAUCAGUUGAGAAGUAGUUCGACUGACGGACCAUUUGCUCAUGAUACAAACUCUUUCAGUGAAACAAUAUCUACAUACACCAACAAUCGUCAAAUUGACAAGCAAUUGUACAAUUUGUAUGCUCAAGUUGCCUCAAUGAUUUCGGAAUCGGAUGAACCAGAUUACAGAAGACUCGGAGAACAGCUGAACUGUUUGCUGUCGGAAAUUAGUGCAACACUUCCAAACCAGGUUAUUGAAAAUCUGAAAGCAACUCCUCUGAAUGUACUACUUCAGGAGAGGAAACAAAGCACACCUAGUAAUUUCAUUGGGUCUAGCAACAUUGAGUCCUUAGUGGAUGAUCCUAUCAAUGCUUCAUUUACGACAAGUUAUGAACAGUUUAAAUUUGAUGAAACUAGCGAUUAUGAGUUCGAAUUGUUUUAG